CUUAAUUAUGUUAUAAUUCGUUUUGCGAUCAUUCUGCCAUUUGCAAACGCACCGCGCAUGUAGAGCUGCAGAGCGCGGGGUUAUUUUCUCAUAAACGUAAUAAAAAAUUUAUAUUGUGGUUUAUAAUCACCACCAGGUAAUUCAAGUGUUGCUAAAAGUAAACAGCAUAACUUAAAAGUGACGAUUAGCCAUGGCGACGCAACCACAUAGCCGAAAGAGAGUUUGUUACUACUAUGAUAGCGAUAUUGGGAAUUAUUACUAUGGACAGGGGCAUCCUAUGAAGCCGCAUCGUAUACGUAUGACUCAUAAUUUGCUGCUAAAUUAUGGAUUGUACAGAAAAAUGGAAAUUUAUCGCCCCCACAAAGCCACAGCUGAAGAAAUGACUAAGUUCCAUUCUGAUGACUACAUAAGGUUCCUACGUUCAAUCAGACCUGACAAUAUGUCAGAAUAUAAUAAACAAAUGCAACGGUUCAAUGUUGGAGAAGAUUGCCCAGUAUUUGAUGGCUUGUAUGAGUUUUGUCAAUUAUCAGCUGGUGGAUCAGUUGCUGCAGCUGUCAAACUGAAUAAGCAAGCCUCUGAGAUCUGCAUCAACUGGGGUGGAGGCCUGCAUCAUGCCAAGAAAUCGGAAGCAUCUGGUUUCUGCUAUGUGAAUGAUAUUGUUUUGGGCAUUUUGGAACUAUUGAAAUACCACCAAAGAGUUCUAUAUAUUGAUAUUGAUGUUCAUCAUGGUGAUGGAGUAGAAGAAGCUUUUUACACAACUGACAGAGUGAUGACAGUUUCAUUUCACAAAUAUGGAGAAUAUUUUCCUGGAACAGGAGAUCUCAGGGAUAUAGGCGCCGGUAAAGGAAAAUAUUAUGCGGUAAACAUACCCUUAAGAGAUGGAAUGGACGACGAAGCUUACGAGAGUAUUUUUGUCCCAAUUAUAAGCAAAGUAAUGGAAACAUUCCAGCCCAGUGCUGUAGUGCUGCAGUGUGGAGCUGAUUCUUUGACUGGAGAUCGAUUGGGUUGUUUCAAUUUGACUGUGAAAGGCCAUGGCAAAUGCGUGGAAUUUGUGAAAAAAUACAACCUGCCUUUCAUGAUGGUUGGCGGAGGAGGUUAUACGAUUCGUAAUGUCUCAAGGGCGUGGACCUACGAAACAUCAGUAGCCUUGGGCGUAGAAAUUGCCAAUGAGCUUCCAUACAAUGACUACUUCGAGUAUUUUGGUCCUGAUUUCAAGCUACAUAUCAGCCCUAGUAAUAUGGCUAAUCAAAACACACCCGAAUACUUGGAGAAAAUCAAAACUCGACUUUUCGAGAAUCUGAGAAUGUUACCUCACGCUCCCGGAGUGCAAGUACAAACGAUACCAGAGGAUGCAAUAAAUGAAGAAUCUGAUAAUGAAGAGAAAGUAGACAAAGACGAAAGGUUACCGCAGAAAGAUUUGGACAAGAGGAUAGUACCUGAAAAUGAAUUCUCUGAUAGCGAGGAUGAAGGUGAGGGCGGUAGGAGGGAUAACAGAAGUUAUAAGGGAAGGAAGAGGCCUAGGGUGGACAAAACUGGGGAAAACAAAGAGGGAGAAGAGAAGGUGAAAGAGGAAGUUAAAACAGAAAAAACUUCUAUGGAGCAAGAAAAUAGAUGAAAAUUCAGUUACUAAUUUCAAAAUGGUGAAGAAAAUGUAGCAAAAUCGAUAAGUCCAGAUGACACAAAAAAAGUUGCUGCAUCUACAGCGUGACAUUUGUUACGAACAAAUCCAUAAUCCUAGUUAAUGUUUUAUACUGCAAAUAUCAAUUUUUGUAUUAAAGCACAAUUGAAUCCUACCUGUUAAUGAAGUCUGUGUGAUCUUCUUUUGCGAAUAUCCAUUUUCUAAUUACCUUUAUCAAUGCUCACUAGAGACAAGUGAUAAACAGGCAGUUGCAAUUUUUUAGAUUUAACUAAAAAAGCAUGGAUAUCUUUUAAUAAUUGCCGAAAAAUAGUAUGUUAAAGAUAUGUCUCAAAUCAUCACAUGUAUAAACCUUUUACGAUGUACAUUUCAUAAAAGUCAAGGUUUAUCAGUCAAAAGGCUGAAAAGUAUGUGCAAUACUGCACGCCGUUAUGUGACUUGUUUUACUUCCUAUACAUGGCGCCGCAUUUAUCUCGCCACGUAAAUAUUUCGAAAACUGCAUUCGACGAAAAACAGUUUAAAACAAAAGUUGCAGGUUAUUGGGUAGUUAGGCCGUCGCAAAAUAUUUUUACUUGAGUUUUCGCCAACACCAGUGGUUGGCAUCUUCAAAAGAUGUUCACAGUUUGGAGUCCUGAGAGCUUUUGACAUUUCUGCGGUCUUAGCUCAUAUUUAUAUGUAGCUCGGGCGGUGGGAGAGCUCUUCGGUAAUCCGCGGCUGGCGUCACGCUCGGCUGUUGUUUUGCGAUUUGGAUGACGCAAUUUUCGUAUUUUUUAAUACUGGUAGCCAGGUUUUGUGUACUUUACACGGACAACUUUAACAAAACUGAAAGUACACAAAACCUGGCUGCCAGUAUUAAAAAACACGAAAAUUGUGUCAUCGUAAUGGCAAGACAACAGCCGAGUGAUCCCGAAGAGCUCUCCCCAUCAACCGAGCCACAUAUAAAUAUGAGCUAAGACAGCGGAGAUGUUAGUAGCUCCCAGGACUCCAAAUUGUGAACAUCCAACCAAAUAACAUUGGUUGAUGGCCGGGAAAGCUUUUCGCAUUCCAAAAGUUGUAGGGUUUCGAGGAAGAGCAAAAUGAUGGUGACUUUGACUACAUUUAAGGUUCUUUCAAUGCCAAGUGAAAAUUUUUAAAUGCCCCGCACUCUUGAUUUUUCUCAUCAGAAUUGAAAAGAGGAGCAAAUUUUACGUCUGAACAUCAUUGUGACCAUUGCCACAAGGUCACGUCAAAAUUUCCAAAGGCAACCUUUCAGGAAAUUUUACAACCUAAUGUCAAAUAUCAUUUAAGCUGGACACGACCCUGACUCUGGGGUCAAGGUCACAUUCGGACGUAACAUUUCCUGCUUUUUCCAUUUCCAAUAUAGAAAUGAGAUGUUUCAUUUGAAAUUUUGGCUUGAAGGUCAAGGUCACCCCUGGGUGAUUUCCAUAAACCUCACAACUGUGCUGUCCAACAUUUUUGUUCUCAAUCUUGAAAUGACCUUGAAUAGCCAAGCUCAUGACCAAGGUGGUAUAUAUGACAAUUUGCUCUUUUAAAUUUUAAAACGUGAAAUGGUUUUAUUUGGAAAUAUUCACUUGACCUUUAAAUGACCUUGAAGGUCGUAGUUAAGGUCACCAUCAUUUUGCCUCUUGAAACCCUGAAAGAUGUUUUGAAACUUGUUUUCAAGAAUGCGCAGUUUUCGAAAUAUUCAGAUGGGGAGAAUAAAAUGGAACACCAUGUAUACUGAGCAAACACAAGUCUUGUGUCAAUUUGACAUUCGGUAUAUUUGGUUCGGUAGCAUUUAUUAGUUGAAACAGUUGUCACAGUAACUAACAAUCUGCGUGGUGUUACAGUUUACAAAAUUAACUUAUCUCAUUUCGACUGGUCUUUGUUUAUCUUUUCUCUGAUGAGUGUUUUACGAUUAAUGUAUUUCCACUUGUUAGAUCGUACAGUCUGCGAAAAUCAGAAGUUCGCUAGUUUUGGACUAAAAAUAACGUUGAAAUCACUUUAAAAUAAUCUCCAAAUACUCUUCAAGGUCCGGUAGAACAUUUUAAUUCGAAUUUAGAUACUUGGCGACCCUCAAACAUCAUAUUUUUUAACAGUUUUUAAACACGGAUUUUACCGCACGGUAAGUUGGAUCAAAGUUUAGUUUUUUAUUAUAAAUGAGUUUUUUGUCCUAACGAAUUUUCUUCAGUUUUUUAUCAUUCCGAACAAAAAAGCGUUUUAGUGUCGGAAAAACCCUAAAUUUGGGUAUAUCCAAUGCCUAAAAACUCAGUUAAAAAAUCAUAAUUCGUUUAUUAGUUUAUUUUGAACCGAUUUUAGGGAGAUAUUGAUUUACGCAGACUGGCAUGGCGAAUUUAUUUGAUUUCGCAGUUGCAUUGUGAUUUUUGUUCUUUGUACAUUUACUAGUAUUAUUAUAUAUAUUAUUUUACAAUUCGAUUCGUAUGUAUGUGUGUGCGUUUGGUUUUGAAAAAAGGAUUUUCGUACUCUUAUCCGUGAAAAGAAAAUAAUUGUUCCUAAGCUGAAAUGGAAAAGGAACAAAUCUUUGCUGGAGUGACGUUCUAUUAAUUGAACGUUUCUGAAUUCAGAAUGUUCUAUAGUAGAACAUUGUGAAUAUAUUUAUAUUUAAAGAAGUACUGUGAGAAUAAAUCAUUUAUAGAGAAUGUUGUUUUAUUAGAAGGGUUAAUCGAAACAAAUAGUACCUUCGCACGUCGACAAAGUUUUAAUAAAAUCAGAUUUGAUAGAAACUACAAGAAACAAUAUAUGGUGGUUCAAUGAGAGUACGU